AUGCCUACAGUGAUGUCGACUCGCCCACUCGAUGAAUGGGUCAACUCCCGCGCUCAAACAUUCGAUAUAGCGACUCUCAAGAACUCUGCGAUAGGCAUUCAUGCCACACACUACCUCGACCUCCAUCUAAAUCAUUAUGUGACGAAAGAACCCCUUCUAAUUGCCCUUGGAGGCUUCCCCUUUGCCCUCCAGGCCAACAUUACACGUGAACUGCAGGCUUUGAAAGCAGCGGACGUCACACCCGUUUUUGUCUUUGACGGCCUGGACGCAGGCAAGCCAUACCCAGACUUCUCAGCGCAGGCAGAGAAUACCAAGGCAUUGAACCAAGCUUGGGAAUAUUAUGACCAGCAACAGGCUGAUCAAGUUGUCGACGCCUUCAGCGGUGCUGGGAGCACCCAUCCUGAAAGCCUGUACAGGUUCUUACAGCGGAUUCUCCAAGGUGAAGGAAUUAACUUUAUCGUCGCACCUUAUGCGGCCUCUGCUCAGUUGGCCUACCUUGAAAAAGAGCCUCAUAGAUUCAUUGAUGCUGUGUUUGGCCCUACAGAGCUUUUUCUUUUCGACGUUGAAAAAAUAAUUACCAAGAUGGAUACAGAGCUUCGCCACUUUAGUUGGGUGACAAAAUCCUUCUGCCAAGAGGAGCUUGGUCGUCUAUCAAACGAACAGUUCACCGAUCUAUGUCUUCUUCUCGGAUCCCCUUUCCUUCCUACAUUCCCACCCUUUGAAACACCGGCAUACACCGGGAAGCGAGUCAAUAUCAGAGAUGCCAUUGGGAUGUUCAACUCUGCCGGAAGAAAUGCACUCACCCUUUGUUCUCAAUUUGAAGAGCACCAGAGAGUCCAUGAACUUGACUAUACGGACCGUUUUAAGCGCGCUUUCAUGACCGUCAAACAUCAUGUCAUCAUGGACGCAGAUGGGAAAGUUGGCCCACUUGACCCUGAAAAUGCAUCCUCCGACCUCCACGAGCUUAUUGGCCAGCGCCUCCCCGAGGAGCUUUACUUCUACAUAUCGAAAGGCAUACUGGGCUCACGUAUUCCCAACUGGCUCACAUCUGGUGAACUUUUGCUCACCCUCCCUCUCGGCACUGAGGAUACUCCCGUCUAUCGUCGCCUUCUCACUGAAAACCUCCCUCCAAUCAGGACACAAGCACUGUGUCUCUUGUCUAACUCACUCCACCGCUUUUAUCAGACAAAGGUUAUCAACGUCAGGGCCUGGUACGACGAUAAAACGGAUAAAUCAAUCCAUCUUAAGGAUUUACCUUCAGUCAAAGACACAAUAUCCAGCUGGCGCCUGGGGGGGAAGCAGUUGCCAGAGAGCGUACAGAAACUUCAGGAAAAUUCCCCACUCCUGACUUCUUGUCUCUCUGCGUUAAAAGAUCAAGGCUUCGUUUCAAAGUCAUCCUCUCCUAAAGACGCUGCACCCCUCACAUCCAAACAAGAAAUACUCUCCAAUGUUACAUGGAGAUUCCUUCAGCUACGAGGCUAUGUGGACACUAAACACCAGCUUACCACCUGGGGAAAAGCUCUUGAAUCUGCGCUCGCCUCCCUCAAACCCUCCGAUAACCUAGAGGAACCAACGUUCCUCGCUGUAGAACUCAUACGCCUAGGCAUCCUGAGCUCGAAGGACUGGUUCCCUAACAUAUCAGGUGGUCCGAUGAGAGGAACUGAGGAGGAGCAAAGGAAUAAUCUCCUUGUUUCGAGAGUUGCGUGCUUCGGAAAGAUUCAACAUAAGCCCAUCGGGUACUCUGGCCCUCUUAGCAGACAACUCCUAUCAUUCCGUGCUCUCAUCAGCACAGUACGCUCAACUCUGCGAGACUUGAUGGAAGUUAUCCUAGCAUCUCUUUUGCUUAGCGGCGACGCUAAUCGCGAUCGUGAUGACUGGACCGAAUUAAGCCUAAGUUUACCGUUUAUCGAUGACAAUGAUUGCGGACUAGCUAUUGCUGUUCGAACCUAUCUAGAUGACUUACCGCAGGAGCCGGAACCCACCCCCAAAGCCGUUAGAGACGAAGUCAAGGCCAAAGGCAAAGAAUGGUUCCAGCACAGCCAUAGCUUCUCUGAGAACUUGGACAUGUCAUUCCAUCUCUGGGAUGCGGUGUAUAAAGCCGUUCAGAUGACCGAGAAGGAGCCUGGGGUUGACUCUAAAAUAUGGGAUGAGGCGAACAAAUGGCUAAGCUCGCGAAGGUAG